AUGAAGUUCAGCAAAGUCACUAUCAUCGCGGGCAGCAUCGCCGGUGCAAAUGCAGCGGCAUUAAGGACAUCUACUUGUCCUCCCGUCGACUCAAAGGGAAUGCAGCGCUUCGUUACUGAAAACAAGCUUAUGCAAAACCUCAAAGACCUCCAGACAAUCGCAAAUUGGAAUGGCGGAGACCGUGCCUUCAACAGCCCAGGCUACACCGCAUCAGUAAACUACAUCAAAUCCCAACUUGACACUUCCAAAACCUGGAAGUCGUGGACUCAGGACUUCGACGCACCACACUAUACAGUGAAGGCUACCUUUGUCGUCGAAGGAAAAUCUUACAGCGUCGCUGCCUUCCAGCGCUCUAUCUAUGUGGGAGAAGACGAUUUUACCGUCGAAGGCCAAGUCGUUGAGGGUCCUCCCGGUCCUUCCUCUUGCACUUCAGAAGGCUACAAUGGUUUCGAUGUAAAAGACAAAAUCGUUUUCGUUGAUGGUAGCGACUGUCCCGGCGGGUUUUGGCAAAAUCCUUGGGUCCCCUAUGGCGAAGUCGUCUCUGCCCGUCUGCGUGCCGCACAUUCUGCUGGCGCAAAGGCCGUCAUUGUCCACUUGGUUGAAAAAUACCAGCAAGGUAUCCCCGGGUUUCGAGAUUUACCUAAAGACGGAAAGGAAUUCGGCCCUAGCGGCUACAUGGCCCAUACUGAUGGUCUUCACCUUCUCUCCCUUAUAAAACGCACGAAUAGACCUGUCUUUGGGAAAUUUGAGAAUAUGUGGGUCCAGGGUAACCGUCCUACCCAAAAUCUCUUCACUGAAUCCAUCGGCGGUGAUCCAAACAACGUUAUUAUGAUCGGUGCACAUCUUGACUCUAUCCGUCGAGGACCCGGAAUCAACGACAACGGCUCCGGAUCCUCCCUCCUAAUCACUCUCUUCCACGCUCUUCAAAAGUACUGUCCAAAGAACAGAAUCCGUCUCGCCUGGUGGGGUGCCGAAGAGUCAGGUCUGGUUGGCUCAAACCACUACACCUCCAACCUCUCCAAAGAAGAGGCAGACGAUAUUCUACUAUACCUCAACUUCGACAUGAUCGGUCGCGGAUACUUCGGCGUUUUUGACGGUAAUGCUAAAAGCAAUCCUGAAGAUCCAUAUAGUCUCACCAGUCCACCCGGAUCUAACGUUAUUGAAAAACUUUUCAUCGAUUAUCUUGUUGCCAAUGGAGUAUCUGUUGUUAAGGAACCCCUGGUGGCAAACACCGACCUUGCGGGCUUCGUUGGGCUUAAUAAGGCUGUGGGUGGAUUACACUCUGGAUCUAUGGGCGUUGAUUCAUGUUAUCAUAGGCAAUGUGAUGAUUAUUCGAAUAUUAAUGGAACGCAUAUUGAGAUUAUGGGGAAGGCGACGGCACAUGUGGUUAGUGUUUUGAGCAAUGAGGGGGCGAAGUUGAUACCUAAGACGCCGGCGCGUAAGGUUGAUGCGAAUGGGAGGGUGGUUCCGGUUAAGGUGUGGGGGAAGAAACCUUCGCCUGGGGAUGAAGUUAAGCUUACUGUUGGAGAUAUUGUCGGUGUUUGA